AUGUGUUCCCCAGAUCAACUUCAAUGCUUUGAUUGGUGGCAGUGGCAGUUCCAAGCCGGCCUGGACCAAAAAAAGUUCAUGAGUUGCUGUACACAAUAUUUACUUUUUUUAUUUGAAACGGACAACGAAUAUAACAAGUUAAAAACUAAGAAGGUAAGUAGGUAUUUAAAAGGCAUUUUCACCAUUUCAUCCUUCACAAUUUUUGUCCUUCACAUUUUAUCCCUCUAAUCUAAUCUGAAGAACAACGAUAAAGAAUCUCUUGUGAUCGAGCAAAAAUUCACCAGAUUUGAGAUAGUCUUGUUUACAUCUGCAUAUCAGCAUCCAACCACAUUGCUCGAAGCAAGCACGACCUUGCUUCCUUUAACGUCAAUCACUCACGAAAGAGCUGAUCCAGAAGAAAACCUCUCUAUUUAGAGGCUUAUUUCGAGUCAAGAAAACCGCAAGCACCUAGCACCUAAGCACAUAAUUGCUCUUCAAUAACGUAUUAUCUGUCGCCAUUCGUUCAUGUGCGUCGACUCGACGGCUUUUAUCACUACCUAGACAUUCUUGAAAUACUUUACCCUCAGCGCUGUCAUUUCCUGUGAGUUGUUCUUAUUGUCGUUCCCAUUUGUGACAUUUGGUGCGUAGCACAAGUUCUAUCUACGGACAGAUGGCUGAUGUAGCACUAAGGAGUGCUUCUGCCUUCCGGCGCAUUUGUUUUUACGAUCCCAUUCACGUCCGUUCACGUUCAAUAUCAGAAAUGGCUGAACCCAUACCCAUACCAAGCUCUAAAUUGGGAGCUGCACUCGAGUCAACUUCAUUAUCUUCUGAGCAACAUGUUAGUGGAGGCUCACCUCAAGAGGUUGGCAAAACAUCUACGUUCACAACCUCGGAGAAUGGGAGUCCUCAUGUUUCGAGGCGCCCCUCUGGUUCUGGAAGUAGCACAUAUCAAGAAGAUUGGGAACCAUGGCCUCCACUCGAUAAAAUCACCGUCUUUGACUUACUAGAGAAUUUUGCUUUGCCCCAGCAGCUAGAAAAGAUACAAAGGAAUCUAUCCGCACAAUCUCAAAAAGUUCGAAAGCAACGAGAUAAGCUGAAGACAACUUCAAGUUAUGCGAAGACGCGAGUUGUUGAAGAAUGGCGAAAGCGUGUUCCUACUGCGGAUGAGCAGCUCGACAGAUAUAAAAAGAGGAUGCGCGAUAGUGUCGAUAAACUCGGGACGCGCUGGAAUGAUACGAAAUCAGUGACGAUUCGAGAAAAGGUCUCCUUCAUCUGUGGAGUCUUGAACGUUCUCAUCAGUGGCUACUUGAUCGGAGGACAUCCUGAAUUAUUUCAUUGGUGGUACACUGCUCAAUUACUGUACUUCAUGCCCAUUCGCUUUUAUGCGUACCAUAAAAGAGGAUACCAUUACUUCCUCGCAGAUCUCUGUUACUUUACCAACUUUCUCUGCUUUCUCUCGAUAUGGGUCUUCCCACAAUCGAAACGAUUGUUCAUCAGCACCUACUGUCUUUCCAUGGGAAACAACGCGGUAGCUAUAGCUAUGUGGAGAAAUUCUAUGGUGUUCCACAGUUUCGACAAGGUUACGUCUCUUUUUAUUCACAUCAUGCCUUGCGUUACGCUUCAUUGCCUGGUCCAUCUCAUAGACCCAUCCUUCCAACAAUCGCGUUUCGGUGCUAUCUAUAAUAUACGCACAUCCCCAGUAGGGUCUAGUACUCAUUACGGUCUCCUAUCCAUGGCAUUAUGGUCGUCUAUUCCUUAUGCGGUAUGGCAGCUUUCCUACCAUUUCCUCAUCACUGUCCGCCGCCGCGAGAAGAUUGCUGCAGGUCGUCCAACAUCGUUCACCUGGCUGCUCAAAUCUUACUCCAAAGUAUGGAUUGGAAAAGCGGUUCUCGCACUUCCGGAUUCUCUACAAGAGCCUGCAUUUAUGCUUAUUCAAUACUCAUAUGCAUUGCUCACUAUGUUACCAUGUCCUGUAUGGUUCUGGUAUAGAUAUGCAUCUGCGUCAUUCCUUAUGGCUGUAUUUUGUUGGUCUGUUUAUAACGGCGCAAAUUACUACAUUGAGGUCUUCGGCAAACGUUUCCAAAAUGAGCUAGAGGAGAUGAAGAGAGAAGUUCAGAAAUGGCACAAUACUCCUGAAUUAACGACAUCCCCUUUAUUGACACCUAGAACCGAGGGUGGAGAAAUGCUUGGUGACGACGACGAGACAAAGAGGCCAGGCCACCCAAGGAAUACCAGUUUAGAUAAGAUUCCCUUACUCAACGAUCAAAUAGGCAGCACAGGAAUAGACGGAGGUGCAAGAGAUGUCGCGAAGCCAAGGAAGUUAAGCGAGAUGCCAGCUUAAUUGUGCAAGCGGACAUGAUUAGUAUUAGUUUUGGAUCACUAAUCUUGAACCUAAAGCCUCAGUGUUCUUACUUUUUGGUUCUGCUUUGACUUUUGUGGAAACGAUGACGAGAUUUGCUUUACGGGAUGGAAUAGUGGAAGGAUAGCAAGACGUAUAUACCACGCAGACAGGAAUUUGGGAGUUAGGUAUUUACGCAUACACAUACAUACACAUACAUAAUAAGCCUCCUAAUACAAGCGAGUAAAUACAACCCUAAUACCUAUAUCAAAUCU